UUUAGCUUCCUCUCCAAAUGGAGUGUAAAGUUUCCCGGCUCCUCCCUCCGUGCCUCUCGCCAGCCCGCCAGCCUCUCCUCUCUUCUCACAACACUGCGCUCCCGCCUCAUUUCCUCUCGGGUCUGUUUCCAGAGUAACGGCGAGGGGUUCACACAUGUGGAUCACCUUUUAUAGUCAGCUGCUGCAGCGGCGGUGUGCGGGAGAGGGGCUGGCGGGCCAGACGCAGACACAGCACGCUUGGUCUCCAGCCCAGGUAUGCGUCUGUCCGCACCAGGCAGCUGCUUGGGCCAGGCGGAGCAGGAUAGACUGCAGGGAAGCGCGUGUACCGUUGCACCCCGAGGAGCCGCCAGCAGGCCAUCUCACGAGGUACAUUCUGUCUGGACCUCCAAAUUAAAUGGAGGGCCUCGUCUUACCGGAAAGUGUCUACUCCUCCAAUGGGAUGUACAAGCCAGGGCCGAGAAAAAAACGAGAGAUGGACAUCAGGGUGACUUUGGCCGAGUGUUCCCAGCUGGUGCCAUCGCCCCCUGAAGGGUCUGCUGUGCUAGCGCUACAGUCCAAAGUCAAAGCACUAUCAGAGAAGCGAUCGGGAUCCUCCCAGGUGCUCCACAAGAAGCACCACACCAAGGACAGGAAAACGGAGGGCUGUCCGGCCCCAAGCAAGCAGCUAAGCAGUGAUGAGGAGGUGGACCCUGAGCUGCAGGUCCACACCUAUCUAACUGAUAAAGUUCUCAAGUGCCGUAAGGAGAGGGGCCUGGGUGAGGGCGCCAGCCUGGAGAACUUGCACAUCAGCAAUGGCGGUGGCCCCUUAGAGGAGUGGACUCCACCCAGGGGCUUCUGGAAAGCCACCAGGAAUGAAACCCGUGAAACUGACUUGGAACCUUGGCCCGUGGGCAAGGGGUACCUGGGGCGAGCCGAGAGCUGGGAGAGCCUGGGCAGCGCCUCGAGUGUGCCAUCCUUGUCGGAGCGGGUGGAGAUGAACCGCGGAGUCCUGCGGCAAAUAUUGAGCCGGCCGCCAUGCAGACCGGAGGAACGGCAAGAACCUCGGCAGGCAAUUCCUGAAUUCCUGGACCGCAGUGGAAAAGGUGACAGCGACUGGGAUUCUGGCAUUUCGCUUCAAGAUUGUGACCACAGACCCAGGGCCUUUCUUAUGACUGAAGAGCUGCCACUGAGCCCCCGGCACGAGCAGGCAAAGCGGCUACUGGAGAGAGCCCGAAUGAAGGCCCGCGCCCACCCACUCAGGGCUGACCACAGCAUCCUACCCUUCAGGAGGCCCAGCCCGGACUCUAACAGCAGAGGGGGCGUCCAGGCCAGGAGAGGCCCUUCUGCCAAGGAGUUUCAAUCAUCUGGGUGUGGCAACCUCAGCGAUUCGUCCAGUGGAGACUCAAGCGGUGGUCCAAAACGGCGGCAGGGGCAGUCACCCACCAGAGUGCGCUUUGAGGACGAGUCGGAGCAGGAGGCUGAAGUGCGGUACCUGGAGAGACGACGAGUCGGGGGCAGAGGCCACGGCCUACUGGUGUCAAAGCCCGAUGUCUCCUUGUACACCAGUGGGGGGUCCACUAGGAGUGGCAAAGUGGACCUAAGCAGGAACCAGGAGUGCGCCCCCUUGUGGAACAAGAGGAACAGCAGGAGAGCUCAGGAGGGGUGUGAGAGGAGACAGAGCCCGGGCACUCCGGUCUCUACCAUUAGUGAUGGAAAUCCAAAGUGCAAUACUAGUGAUGUGCCAGCUGGCGAAAUGCAGCAGGGUUCCAUUCCAGCCUGCCAGGCUCCAGAAGGCUCCCACCUCAGGGUGAUACCAUGUUGGGUGCCUCCAUCGCAGCACAAGGUGAGAACGGAUUACAUUAAGGAGUCCUACAUUGGCGAAGUGACCAUCGUGGAUGACGUGACAGCAGUCGGCCAGCAGCUUCUUCAUGGUAAUGAAGCAGCACCCAAGUGUGCCACCCCCAGCCUUGGCACAGUGACUACUAGACAUGAACAGACUCCUGGCCACAGCAACUCUUGUUUACAUACAGACAAUGAGCAUAAGGCAAGGCCCAGGCCUAAUGGGGCAGAAGGAGACAGUUACCAGUCUCUUGCCACAAAGCUGCCAACCACCCCUGGUGGAAAUCACCCACUGGUGCCGAGUGCCAACAAGCAAAAUGGAGACGCUUCUCCUGAAUUUGUGGAGUCACGUGUUCAAGUCUCUGACAUCAUUCCAAAAGUCAAAAAGUCCUCCUUGAAAUCUGGCACCAGAUGCCACCCAAGCAGGCAGCGUGUGGUGCAGGUCCUACCAUCUCUCCAGUACCGCCUGAUCCACCUGGACGCUGAGGACAGUGAGCCCACCUCAUCCUGCUCAGAAGAGAACUUUCAUGAGUUGACUUUGUCCACCAACAACUGCAACAACAGCCAUCUGGAUGCCAGGCAUGCCCUGGAAACUGGCACAGGUCAAAGUCCAUUCAUUGAGAGAGAUGACGCCAAUGAGCAUUCAGAGCCCACGUCUGCUCAGUGGAAACCCAGAACCCCAGCAGACAUCUCACAGCGUCCGAGUGCCAGCGAGAGAACGGACACCAAGUCGAGGUCAGUGCUGAAGAAGCUUCUUAGCGCCAUCGGGCACAGCUCGACCAGGAGGCCACGGAGGGGACGUUCCAACAGCCUGAGCCAUAUGGAUGCUCCUGUGAGCUCCGAAGGAAAGGUGAAGAAGACUCCAUCACUGCAGUCACUCCAACUGGCGUCGCCCUUCUCACAGCUAAAGAAGUCUCCAUCCAGCCAGAGCCUUCUAUCUGCCAAAAGCAAACCUGACCGUUCCAGAGCCUACCAGCUGGGGGAAACAGAGAGCUGCACUUCAGCAUACAGGGGGCCCCGGCGCUCGCUCAGUGUGGAGGACGUUGGCAGCCCAAGCGCGGUACGCUCCGUGGGACGGGUGGCCCAGGCCUUUCCCGAUGGCACGUUUCUUCUGGAGCUCAGCCGCCCUGUCUCGGGCACAUUUGGAUUUCUCAUCUGCCGGGGUGUGGGCAGAACUGAUUCAGGGGUCUACGUGGAGGAGAUGAGCGACGCUGGCACUCGGAAGCUGUAUGCUGGCUUGCUGGGGGUGGGUGAUGAAAUUCUGGAGGUGAACGGGGAGAAGGUGUCAGGCCUGACCUUAGAGGAGGUCAAUACAUUGAUGCUACAACGUGACAUGGCAUCCAUCAGAGUCCUGCGCCAGCGGUAGCUUCUGCCACGGUCAGUGAGAGGAGACGUGAGAUGAGAUGCUCACCGGCUUUCAAGAACACACCAGGUGCCAAGCAUGGCUAUGAACUGACUUGGAUUGGCAUUGUCCCUGGCGGCGUGAGGGGAGCUCUGCCACACAGAUCUGUGUUACAGAGCCGAGCAAGCAAACUGGGAAUGUCCUAGAGGGCUAUGUGGCCCCACCGCUCUGGCCAUGCCAUGUUGAUUUGAGGGCCUGUAGACGGAGUGCCCCCCUCCCGCUUUCUACACGUGAACCUGCCACCCCUCAGAGGAUUCAAGGUGGCAGGCCACCCACUGCUUCUUACGCCAGCGCACUUGAUAUGCAUCCCAUGCGAGACACCACACUGGCAAACUUGUGGCAGAGAUGUACCAAGGCUACUUGACCACGCUGUCAAAGCGAUCCUCAAUGCACCCGUGCCAGCUCCAGUUCCAGAAACCCAAAACUGACAUCCAGCUGGGCCUUUCGCAGAACCACGAUGGAGAAAUUUCUCACCAGGGUAUAUGGUUGAGGUGCUUAGCCUCCCACAAUUCAAAUGCCAGCACUGGCACAGGUCCCACAAUGAAAAAGCGCCGCCAUCCAAUUAGGUUUGUCUUCCCCCUAAGGUUCCCACCUGGCAUUUCCAUUCAAACCUCGGCACAAGGUGCAAAUGUCUCGAGCUGCAUUUGUGACCGAAAACAGAUGCCUUAGAAAUGCCCAGUGCUCCUCCACGGUGAACUGCGGUAUCCCACAGGGAAGUCAUCCUAUCAAGUGUACCCAGUGAUCCCUGGGCACUGUGCUCCAUGGCUUGUAUUUUUUUAAUUUAUGUUUGCAAAUAAACCUCCUCCACGAAGGAAUUCCACCUCCUGUUGCUCAUAUGGCAGAGUCACAGUGGACAGGGUGCUGCGGGAAGGUGCCACUGCUAGAGGUUACCUGCGUGUCUGUAUGCAGAGUCUAGAAGAGCGAGGCCAAUCGGAGCCCCGAGGCUGGCGAUGAAGUCCACACUGUCAAAUUUAUUACGGGCACGUUCAUGUAAUUGCAUUAUGUGUUAGUGACGAUCUCUUUAUUGUUUCUUGGCGCUGAUGUGGAAUGUGGUUUGGUAUUUUGUGAAGUUUUUUAGGGCUGGCAGGCUGGCUUGAGUAGCACUUGGAGUUCCAUGACAUAGUGAGUUAAGAUGGUGACACAUGCUUCCAAGUGUCCUAAGACUUGGUUAUGGUGCUCACUGAAGAAUUGUUGUAGAUCUUGAAGGGAACUGUCAUGUUUAGCAGCUCUACCUUUGAACUGGCUGUGCUACCCAUCUAAGACGGGUUGAAGUCGAAGCAAUCAGAGUUAACACUUGCAGUGCGCCAUACAAUGUAUAUGUCUCUGCUCUGUGUCAUUUGGUACGGGAUUAAUAAAAGCAGUAUAAAAUGUU